UCAAAUCCCAGUGCUCUGUUGCUGAACACUAACAAUUGCAGAAACAUGGAGUUUCUUUAUUCUUACAUGCGUCUUUUUCUUUUUAUGGCUCUGAAGACACCCGUUGCACAUUCGGCACCUGAUUUCUCUCUGUAUCUCCACAGUAUUCUAAAGAACCACACGGCCCACGCUUGUGACGGAGACCUGCUCGUCAUCAAGUGUCCUGCCAGGACAUCUGUAGCUGUCCUAUCAGCCUUCUACGGAAGACGUGUUCCUUAUAAACACUUAUGUCCUGCAGCAAGCAUAAACGACACAGUGGAGGAGGACACAGAUUGCACUUCUUCAACUGCUUUAGAGAAGGUGCUAUCAGAGUGUCAAGAUGAGCGGACCUGUCACCUACCCGUCCUCGCUCAAGUGUUUGGACCAGAUCCCUGUCCUCUCACCACCAAGUACCUCUUGGUGUCCUACAAGUGCAGACCAGAAUACCAUCACACAAGACUUGUGUGUGAAAAUGAGCGUCUGAGGCUGUCCUGUAAAAAUGAGACUGUUCUGGCCAUCUACUCGGCUACGUUUGGCCACCUCCUCCACGGGAGUCCCAACUGUCCUGAGGAACCCAGAUCAAAGUCUGACAUGGAAUGUUUGUCAGCUGUGGCUCUAAGGAAGGUGUCCCGCAGAUGUCACGGAAGAGAAAACUGUUCAAUUUUUGCAGAUACUCAAACCUUUGGGGACCCCUGCUUUCCUGGCACCAGGAAACACCUGCGAGUCUCCUUCACUUGUGUGCCCAGAUAUCUGCUUGAAGACAUGGGUCGAGGGUCAACAGAUCCUUUCAUGAUCUCAGACCUCACACAUGGCGGAUGGUACACUGGCCCCACCUACUGGUCUCAAAAUGUCUUCUUAAACAACUGCCUGGAGAUCAUUGAAAAAUUAUUGGGUCUCCCAGAGAGAGUGGCUCUAUACUUUGUCUCUGGCAUCUGUGCCGGUCUGGUGUUCCUGCUCUGUCUUUUUGGGCUUCGCUCCACAUUGGUGAGAGAUGUCAAAGACCUGGUUUCUGACCUGAGCGAUCAGCUGAAAGCCUCACGCAGGCAGCGCAAAGAGCUUAUGGAUGACCUCUUUGAUGAAGAUAUCUCAGACACCUCCUCCUUCCGCCACCUCACGCAAUCCUACCGUACCACGGAAACUUUUAGCCCGUCCACCAUAACAGUAGAGCUGGUUGAGCGAGAUGUGCAGCAGACAAGGGAUCUUCCCAAUGGAGACAUCUGGCCACAGGUGGACUCCAGUCCCUAUGCCAUUCACAAGAUUAAAACUUACAGCAACUGAUUUAGGUCAGAUUGUUUGGCCUAAAGGGGAAGAAGAAUAGCAGUAACUAUAGGAAAUUUUUACUUAAUCUAAAUUCUGCUUUGCAUCAAUUAUGUUGAAGUAAAAUCCCUAUAAAUAAUAUUGUGAUUGAUGCCUUUAAAAUCUAAACUGGCCUUAUGCUCUUCAUUGAUAUUAUUAUAUGCAAAUUUUACACAAUUUUAACAGUUAUUUUAACAUUGCUUAGACUAAUAAAUGGACAAGAGGAAAUAAAUACAAUACAAUAUAUUUUGCAAGUUCUUCCACUUAGAAUUCAUGGAGGGGUCUGAAAUUGUCAGCACAAUGUAUUAGUUUUUAACUAUUUCUUUUCAUGAUACAACUGCAAAUAAGUAUUUGAACGCUGUCUAUCAGCUAGAAUUCUGACCAUCAAAGACCUGUCAGGUUGCCUUCAAAAUGUACAACUCUACUCCAUUUAUUAUCCUAAAUUAGACCAUUUGGAUGAUCCAGAGGAGUCAUGGGAGAAAGUCAUGUGGUCAGAUGAGACCAAAAUAGAAGUUUUUGGGGCAUAAUGCCACAAACCAUUUUUGGAGGAAUAAAAAUUAUGAGUACCAUACCAAGAACACCAUCCCUACAGUGAAGCAUGGGGGUGGUAGCAUCAUGCUUUGGGGGUAAUUUUCUGCACAUGGGACAGAGUGAUGGCACUGUAUGAAGGAGAGGAUGAUCGGAGCCAUGUAUUGGGAUAUUUUGGGGAACAACCUCCUUCCCUCACUUACAGCUUUGAAGAUGGGUCUAGGCUGGAAGCACACAGCCAGGAUAACCAAGGGGUGGCUCAAAGAAGCAUAUCAAGGUUCUGGAGUAGCCUAGCCAGUCUCCAGACCUAAACUCAAUAGAGAAUAUUUGGAGGGAGCUCAAACUCCGCAUUCCCCAAUGACAGUCCAGAAACCUGAUUGAAGAUCCUUGUGGAGGAGUGGGCCAAAAUUCCUCCCGUGGUGUGUGCAAACCUGGUGAAAAGCCACAGGAAACCUCAGAUGUCUGUAAUUCGAAACAAGGGCAAUUUACAUUGAUUUUCUAAGGUGUUCAAAUACAUGUUUGCUGCUGUAUCAUACAAAUAAAUAGUUAAGAAAAAUCAUAUAUUCUGAUUUUUUUUUGAGAAUAUGUCUCUCACAGUUGACAUGCACCUACAAUGACAAUUUCGGAUCCCUC